AUGGCUGCACAAGAAUCACAGGAGAAUUUUGGCUCAGUCUCUAGUACAGGUGCAUCUAAUACAACUGUUACAGCAACAGCGCCAUCAACACGUCGGCGCAUAGCCCAAAAUUAUCUGUUGGUUUGGGUUGAUACAAGCAUCGAUCAAACCAGCAAGGAUUGUAAAGAUACGUUAGCACAGUUACGAACUGUAGUCAACGAUGUCACUGUAUGCACUCAACCUGAUGAAUUUGUGCAGCUUCUGGAUAGCCUCAUUGAUGAAAAAGCGUUUGUCAUUAUAUCGGGAUAUCAAGGACAGCAUUUGGUUCCUAAAAUCCAUGACAUACCAACAUUAGAUACCAUUUACAUAUUUUGUGGCAACAUAUCCUCUCAACAACAAUGGACCAAGGACUGGAGAAAGGUUAAAGGUGUUCAUAAUAAUAUCAAGGACAUCUGUGACACCUUAAAGGGAGGUAUAAAACAAGUUAAUCAGGAUCUAAUUCCUAUUAGCUUUGUUACGGCAAAUGAAAUAGUGUCUGGUGAAAACUUGAAUCAACUGGAACCAAACUAUAUGUACACACAUAUACUCAAGGAUAUUCUUCUUAAAAUCGAACAUAAUCAAGAACAAGCCAUGCAGAUCUUAGCGGUUUAUUGCCGCAAUCUUUAUUCUAAAAAUAUUACUGAAUUAAAUGUUAUUGAUGAAUUUCAACGUGAUUAUCGACCAGAACAAGCAAUAUGGUGGUAUACACGUGAGUGUUUUACCUAUCAAAUGCUCAAUCGAGCACUUCGAACACUGGAUGCCGAUACGAUUAUCAAUAUGGGAUUUUUUAUUCGUGAUCUUCACCAGCAAAUUGUUCAAUUACAUGAACAACAACUUCCAAAAUACAGUGGUAAGCUUUUUACAGUUUAUCGAGGACAAGGUUUGUUGAAAACUGAUUUCGAAAAACUGGAAAAAACAAAAGGUGGUCUCAUGUCGUUUAACAACUUUUUAUCCACAAGUACGAAACGAGAUGUUUCCUUCCAGUUCACCAUGAGUGCCUUGAGAAAUACAAAUAUGGCAGGAAUACUUUUUAUAAUAGCUAUUGAUCCUCGUGUUUCAUCAACACCAUUCGCCUCUACAAACGAGGUUAGUUAUUUCAAGGCAGAAGAAGCAGAAAUUCUCUUCGCCAUGCACACCAUAUUUCGAGUUGGUGAAAUUAAACAAAUGGACAAUAAUGAUCAACUUUAUCAAGUCGAACUUCAACUAACUGCUGAUGAUGAUGAACAACUUCGACAACUGACUGAAUUUAUAAGCAACGAGGUUGUGGGUGCCACAGGAUGGGAACAAUUGGGUAUAUUAUUAACCAAAACAGGUCACUUCGAUAAGGCUGAAGAACUAUAUAAAGUACUGCUUGAACAACCAUCGAACGAGGGCGACAAAGCACUUUACUAUAAUCAACUUGGAUAUGUUCAAUACUGCCGAGGUAAUUAUAAACAGGCUAUUGAAUAUUAUGAGAAAGCAGUUGAAAUCCGAAAAAGAACUCUACCUGAAAAUCAUCCUGAUUUGGCUACUUCCUACAACAACAUCGGUGGUGCGUAUUAUAAUAUGGGAGACUACUUGAGAGCACUUUUAUUUUACGGUGUAGCACUUACAAUUCGAGAAAAAACUCUUCCGAAAAAUCAUCCUGACUUAGCUACCUCUUACAAUAACAAUGGUGGUGUGUAUGAUAACAUGAGAGAGUAUUCAGAAGCACUUUUAUUUUACGAAAAAGCAGUUCGAAUCCAAGAGGAAAUUCUUCCUGCAAAUCAUCCUUCGUUAGUUACUUCCUACAGCAAUAUUGGUAGCGUGUAUAUGAACAUGGAAGAGUACUCGAAAGCACUUUCAUUUUACGAAAAAGCAGUUCGAAUCCAAGAGGAAAUUCUUCCUGAUAAUCAUCCUGACUUGGCUACUUCCUACAGCAACAUUGGUAGUGUGUAUAUGUUCAUGAUAGAGUUGUCGAAAGCACUUUCAUUUUAUGAAAAAGCACUUACAAUUCGAGAAAGAACUCUUCUAACAAAUCAUCCUAAGUUGGGUCAAUCGUACAACCUCAUCGGCGACCUAUGUUAUAACAUGCAAGAAUACUCGAAAGCACUCUCAUAUUUUGAACGUGCUCUGGACAUUUUCAAAGUUUCAUUACCACCAAAUCAUUCCCAUCUUGAAGAUUUGAAAGAGAAUAUUGUAGCUGUAAAACAGAAAUUAUAA